UGUGUAGGAGUGUGGUAAAAGUAGUGGUGGUGUCCAUUUUCCUCCUGCAGUACACGGCUUCUCUCAGAUGAUGUACGACGUCGAGGAAGGCGACCGAGCAGAUAUUACCUUCGAGAAGAACGUGAAGGGAACAUCGACCUUUAGCAACCUCGACCUCCUACUUUUGGGAUACAUCACUUCAAAGAGCCACUCUGCAGAAAAGUGUGACUAUGUGGACAUUGGGAAAGUAAAAACCCUUGGAGAAGGCCCAACAACAUUCUCUAUGGUGACCCUCAAUGAGAAUAAAUCGCCCUGGAAGUACAGCGAUCAAGUCGUUCUUAAGUUCAGUGCAGUCCACAAAAGCACAUUCAUAGAAGAACUUGAAGCAUCUGCGAGUUCUCUAGCGACAAUAGUGUCCUACGUGAACAUUCCUUGAUAUGACGUAACUAGCGAGUUUCCCUAUGCCAGCCAACUGCGCUAUAAGAAGGCCCUCAUACAUGCUGGUGUUUUGCAUUUGCAGAUCUGGAUAUCCACUAAUCGAUCCCAGGCGUUCACGCAAAGUGCAAACUCGGAGGGUGUAAGCUGGGGAUAAAGACGUCAUAUUUUACCAUCGGACUACAGAGGAAGAUUUCACACUAACUGUGACACCAGUCGAGGCAUCAGAAGUCAUGCAUAUGGGCGGUAGAAUGGCACACGAAAAUAUAUGCCCCGCAACAAAAGGAAAUGGAAUAGAUGCUGACUUUUCUGACGAAGAGAAGAUCGCUAGUACAACAUCUCCUAAUGUAAAAACGGCCAGUGGUGUAAUCAGUGUAGAGGACGACGAUAUCAACGAGAAUCCUCAAGUCUUUUUCCUGCUGGCAGAGGUGACGCUGGACUCACAUCUCCCACUGACAAAAGUUUGCUUCAAAAAGCAUGAAAAGGACACAAACUGCACAGGGAAUGGAACAGCACUUGUUAGAAUCCUCGAUAAUGACCCUAUGUACAUUGGGUUCACAAUGAGGAGCGAUAGUGUGAUUGAAUCUGAAGGGACUCGCGUGAUUGAAAUCAGCUCAAACAUAAUGUCCGAGAGAACCAUUCAGUCGAGGUUGACGUAA